GCCAUGCGGGGCUGCCCCCGGGCGGCGGGGCGGGCGGGCGGCGGCCCAUGCGGGCGGGCGGCGGACAGGAUGCGGCCGGGGCUGGGGGCGGGCAGGCGGCAUGGCCCCCCCGCCGCCUAAGGGCCCCGCCGCCCGCAAGCUGCUCUGCAUGUGCACCCUCUCGCUCGGCCUCACCUACCUCUGCUACAGCCUCAUGGGGGGGCCCGGCGGACGGCGCGCCCCCCUCGCCCCCGGCCCCGCCCGACGACCCCCGCCGCCCACCCCGAGCUCCAGCCCCGCCGCCGCCGCCCGCCACCUCGCCCGGCCCAGCGCACCACCCGCCGCCGCCGCCGCCACCGGUGGGACCAGCAGCGCCGCCGCCGCCGCCAGCAGCAGCCCCUGCCCCGGGAGCGGUGGAGCCUCCGAAGGCGCCCCGGCCGCCCCCACCCCGACGCCGGACUACGGAGAGAAGCGGCUGCCGCAGGCGCUCAUCGUCGGCGUGAAGAAAGGCGGCACCCGCGCCCUGCUCGAGGCGCUCCGGGCGCACCCCGACGUCCGCGCCGUCGGCACCGAGCCCCACUUCUUCGACCGCAACUACCACAAGGGCCUCGACUGGUACAGGGACGUCAUGCCCAAGACCCUCGAAGGGCAGCUGACCAUGGAGAAGACACCCAGCUACUUUGUCACCAGCGAAGCACCGCAGCGCAUCUACGCCAUGGCCAAGGACACCAAGCUGAUCGUGGUGGUGCGCGACCCUGUGACCAGAGCCAUCUCCGACUACACCCAGACCCUCUCCAAGAAGCCAGACAUCCCCACCUUUGAGGUGCUGGCCUUCAAGAACCGAACGCUGGGCCUGAUCGACGCCUCCUGGAGCGCCAUCCGCAUCGGGAUCUACGCGCUGCACCUGGAGAACUGGCUCCAGUAUUUCCCUCUCUCACAGAUCCACUUUGUCAGCGGGGAGCGGCUCAUCGAAGACCCGGCGGGGGAGAUGGCCAAAGUGCAGGACUUCCUGGGUCUCAAGAGGGUCGUGACGGAGAAAUACUUCUUCUUCAACCAGACCAAGGGCUUCCCCUGCCUCAAGAGGCCCGAGGACAGCAGCGCUCCCCGCUGCCUGGGCAAGUCCAAGGGCCGAACUCACCCCAGAAUCGACCAGAGCGUCAUCCAGAGGCUGCGGAAAUUCUACAAGCCCUUCAACGUCAUGUUCUACCAGAUGACCGGAGAGGAUUUCCAGUGGGAGCAGGAAGGGGGGGAGAAGUGAGGCCGCAGCAG